CCCGGAGACCGAAAGUUUGCGAGCCAGAACAGGCUGGGCGGCGGCCCCGGAAAGGGGGUCCAGGGGGCGGCGGCCCUGGGGAUGGGGAAGGAGCAGGAGCUGCUGGAGGCGGCCCGCACCGGACACCUCCCGGCCGUGGAGAAGCUGCUGUCCGGGAAGCGGCUCUCCUCAGGCUUCGGGGGCGGCGGCAGCGGGGGCUCAGGGGGAGGCAGCGGCGGCGGCGGCGGCGGCGGCGGCGGUCUUGGCUCCUCGAGCCAUCCCCUCUCCAGCCUGCUCAGCAUCUGGAGAGGGCCAAAUGUGAACUGUGUUGACAGCACUGGGUAUACACCUCUGCACCAUGCUGCUUUGAAUGGCCAUAAGGAUGUGGUCGAGGUUCUUCUGAGGAACGAUGCACUGACCAACGUGGCUGAUUCUAAAGGCUGUUACCCUCUGCACUUGGCAGCCUGGAAAGGAGAUGCCCAGAUAGUGCGGUUGCUCAUCCAUCAAGGGCCCUCACACACCAAAGUCAAUGAACAGAAUGCUCUUGAGAUCAAAGAACUCAAAAAGUACGGCCCCUUUGACCCUUAUAUCAAUGCCAAGAACAAUGACAACGAGACGGCCCUGCACUGCGCAGCGCAGUAUGGCCACACGGAGGUGGUGAAGGUCCUCUUAGAGGAGCUGACUGACCCCACCAUGCGCAACAACAAGUUCGAGACGCCUCUGGACCUGGCUGCGCUCUACGGGAGGCUGGAGGUGGUGAAGAUGCUCCUCAACGCACACCCCAACCUCCUGAGCUGCAACACUAAGAAGCACACCCCUCUGCACUUGGCAGCAAGGAAUGGCCACAAAGCCGUGGUCCAGGUCCUCCUGGAUGCUGGCAUGGAUAGCAAUUACCAGACGGAGAAGGGCAGUGCUUUGCAUGAGGCUGCUUUGUUUGGCAAGACCGAUGUGGUGCAAAUCCUGCUGGCUGCAGGAAUUGACGUCAACAUAAAAGAUAACCGUGGACUGACUGCCUUAGACACUGUCCAGGAGCUGCCAUCUCAGAAGAGCCAGCAGAUAGCAGCACUGAUCGAAGAUCACAUGACUGGAAAAAGAAGUGCAAAAGAGGUAGAUAAAACCCCCACAGCCCAGCCACCUCUCAUCUCCAACAUGGACUCCAUAUCCCAGAAGUCUCAGGGUGACGUGGAGAAAGCAGUGACUGAACUGAUCAUCGAUUUUGACACCAACACGGAAGAGGAGGGUCCUUACGAGGCGCUGUACAACGCUGUCUCCUGCCAUUCAUUGGACAGCACGGCCAGCGGGCGCUCGUCUGACCGGGACUCCGUGAGCAGGGAGGCCGAGGCGGCGGGAGUGAAAGCUGCUGGAGUGAGGCCUAGGGAACGUCCUCCGCCUCCAGCAAAACCACCACCUGAUGAAGAGGAGGAAGACCGCAUAGAUAAGAAGUAUUUUCCCUUGACAGCUUCUGAGGUCUUGACUGUGAGACCCUGGAUUCAGGGGAGCGCAGCCAGGGAGGAGGACGAGCAUCCUUAUGAGCUACUGCUGACAGCAGAGACAAAGAAGCUGGCAUCCGUGGACGGAAGGACAAAAGACCACAGGCGGAGCAGCGGCAGCCGGAGCCAGGACUCUGCAGAGGGGCAGGACGGGCAGGUCCCGGAGCAGUUCUCAGGUCUCCUCCACGGCUCCUCCCCAGUGUGUGAGGCGGGGCAGGACCCUUUCCAGCUGCUUCCAGCCCCUGGCCAGAGCCAUCAAGAAGGGUCCCCCGCUCAGGGUGCCCGCCCCGAGGCAGGCAUGCAGCUGGAGGAGACGGGCGGGCACACGUCUGGAGCCUCCGCGCCCCGCAUGCCGGACCAGAGUAAGAGAGUGGGCUAUCCGGCCGGCCUGCCUCCCGCCCACAGCCAGACGCACCCCGAAACUUCGACGCGCACCGCAUCUCCACACCCUGGGGGUGCCGAGGAAGAAGGCGACCGGAGCGGGGCCAGAAGCCGAGCCCCUCCCACCGGCAGACCCAAAGCUGAGCUCAAACUCAGCCGCAGCUUGUCCAAGUCUGACUCUGAUCUCCUGACCUGCUCACCCACGGAGGACGCUACGAUGGGGAGCCGGAGCGAGUCCCUGUCCAACUGCAGCAUCGGGAAGAAGAGGCUGGAGAAGUCUCCCUCCUUUGCCUCCGAGUGGGAUGAGAUUGAGAAGAUCAUGAGCUCUAUUGGAGAAGGGAUCGACUUUUCUCAGGAACAGCAGAAGAUCUCAGGUUCGCGGCCGCCGGAGCAGAGCGUCGGGGAGUGGCUGGAGGCCGUGGGGCUGCAGCAGUAUGAGAGCAGGCUGCUUCUCAAUGGCUUUGACGAUGUCCGCUUCCUGGGGCCUAAUGUGAUGGAAGAUCAAGACCUGCGGGAAAUCGGCAUCAGUGAUGCACAGCACAGGCGGAAGCUGCUCCAGGCCGCGCGGUCCCUGCCCAAGGUGAAGGCUCUGGGCUAUGAUGGGAACAGCCCCCUGUCAGUGCCCUCCUGGUUGGACUCCCUGGGCCUGCAGGACUACGUCCAUUCCUUCCUGUCGAGUGGCUACAGCUCCAUUGACACUGUGAAGAACCUCUGGGAGCUGGAGCUUGUCAACGUCCUAAAGGUGCACCUGCUCGGCCAUCGCAAGCGCAUCAUCGCCUCCCUGGCAGACAGACCCUACGAGGAGCCGCCCCAGAAGCCCCCACGGUUUUCCCAGCUGAGAUGCCAAGACUUGCUCUCCCAGACGUCAUCCCCCCUGAGCCAGAAUGACUCCUGCACCGGCCGGUCGGCUGACCUGCUGCUGCCUUCUGGGGACACGGGCAGGAGGCGGCACGACAGUCUCCAAGACCCUGCAGCGCCCUCUCGGGUGGAGCGCUUCAGGAUCCAGGAAGAGCACCGAGAGGCCAAGCUGACCCUUCGGCCCCCAAGCCUGGCUGCCCCCUAUGCCCCUGUGCAGAGUUGGCAACACCAGCCGGAGAAACUCAUCUUCGAGUCCUGCGGUUAUGAAGCCAAUUAUCUGGGUUCCAUGUUGAUCAAAGAUCUGCGAGGGACAGAAUCCACGCAAGACGCCUGUGCCAAGAUGCGGAAAUCCACGGAGCACAUGAAGAAGAUCCCCACCAUCAUCCUGUCCAUCACCUACAAAGGUGUCAAGUUCAUCGACGCCUCCAACAAGAACGUCAUCGCAGAGCACGAGAUCCGGAACAUUUCCUGUGCAGCCCAGGACCCGGAGGACCUCUGUACCUUCGCCUACAUCACCAAGGACCUGCAGACCAGCCACCACUAUUGCCACGUUUUCAGCACGGUGGACGUGAACCUGACCUAUGAGAUCAUCCUGACGCUGGGGCAGGCGUUCGAGGUGGCCUAUCAGCUGGCCCUACAGGCCCAGAAGUCUAGGCCGAUGGGGGCCUCUGCUGCCGAGAUGAUCGAAACAAAAUCUUCCAAACCGGUGCCUAAGCCUCGGGUCGGCAUGAGGAAGUCAGCAGUGCCGCUGCCCCCUGAUAGUCGCUGUUGUUACUGUCACACCUGCCCCACCCAUCGUCCUUCUUACCUCCCGCUGCCGUCUGUUAGUCCUGGAGUCAAGCAGCUGGAACCACCUGAUAUGGACCCAGAUGCCCAGUCCCAUGCCAGCGUCUCCUGGGUUGUGGACCCCAAACCAGACUCUAAGCGGAGCCUCAGCACCAACUGAGCCACCGAGGAACCAACUGUGCUGCGGAAACAGCCGUGGGGAGCGCAGGCUCCCACCGCCGCCGCCGCUGCCACCACCGUCUCAGCUGCAGCUUUGAAGACGCAGGCCCCCACUACUGCCCGUAGGACCUCCUCGCGGCUGCAUGGUCUGGGCCUGCCACCGCCAGGUCUCGCCGCGUGAGCCCUGCCCUGGUUGCGGAGCAGCCCUCCAGGCCUCUAGCAGAUGAGGCUGGAACUCCAGAGGGCCAAGAAGUGACUUGUCCAGAAAACAUUUUUUAAUAGAAAAAAAUUUUUUUAUAAAGUGAACUUUCAACACUUGGCUCAACCCUCUAGGUUAAACUGCCAAUCUUUAGACAAUGGCCAUAGGGUCAGAGGACAGCAGGCCUCUGUCCUCACGCUGGGGUCUUGGCGUGCUUGGGCAGCUCUGAGAGAAGGUAGUGGGUGAAUUGAAUCUGCUCCACAGACCUGCCAGUCAGCUGCUCUUCCUUCUGAGCCACACGGCUUCUUGUCCCCGCCUGGAGCUGGGGGCAGCCCGUAGAGGCGCCUGGCAAAAGCAGAGGCUUCUGGGGUUCCAAACGUGAAGGUCCGGGGCCACGCGGAGUUGCACAAGCAGGUCGCGGUGCCCGAGCUCUGGGCUGCUCCUCCGUCUCGGACCCGGCGGUGGCCAGAGCGCUGCCCUGGGCUGCCUGGCCACAGGCUCUCUGGUGACCUCAGACUGUCUGAGUCGAGGCAGAAAGGAGAAGAAGCAGCUUUGUUUUGGGCAUUAAUGGGUAGGUCGGCUAAGGUGGCUGCCUGCUGAUUUGUGAUUUGUCUAAUCAGGUCUGUGUGAUUAGGACUCACUUUGAUUCUCUGAAUUAUCGGUUUGAUUGUCAUCCUUUCAGCUGCUGGGCUCCCCCCUGGCUCCAAGGGUAGAGAAGGCUGAAUCAGGUGACAGUUUGAUUCUCCCCGAGUGUGGCCUUCAGGGCAGGCUGGCGUCCGGGUGCUGCUGCUGCCUGAGCCCUCCUGCUGGCUGGCUUUGCUUUUCACCUUUGGUUGCAUUGCUCCUCCUGGAGGUAGAGGCAGAGCCAGAGGGACUGUUCCUGUGAGGCUGGGCCAGGUCAGCUGCCUGUCCAGCACCUUCCAGAGCAGAGCCUUUCCUCCCACGGGGCCGCGAGCAGACCUUCCACUUUGCUGGCACAGUGCAAUCUGGUCCCAGGAUCAGUAGUCCAGGCUUCAGUAGCGCCGCUCUCUCUCUCCCGGCAGGGGCUGUGAAUGAGCAGGGAGCGCCCCGGCGCACCUUCACAGCCCUGUGGUCGGCCAGCAGUGGAAAGCUGGGCCGCGUCUUCCUGCUGACCUGAGGCUGGGCCCUGUGGGUUUCCUUUCCGCUGAGCCGUCCACACCGCAGGCCUGGGGAGUCACAUCCCCUCUCACUGAUCCUGCCCUUCUCGGUACUAAACAAGGACCUCGAUACCGGGAAGUCUGACUUCACGUCCUGCUGCUUCCAGGGCCCGUUGGCUUCCACUGAGCAGUAUUCAGCCCCUACUUCCUUCCAGGUAUGGACGAGGAACCCCAAGCUGGGUGGGUAAACCGCGGCUCCUGCUGCAGUGCGAGUGCUGUGCCCUCUUCCUCCUGAGGAAGGCCGGUCUCCUCUAAGCAGCCCUCUCUUGGUGGGUGGUGGGUCCAUUAAGAAAACUGUAGACACUACGAUGAGUUCCUCAAGCUGUCUUUUUGUUUUUAAGUCAUAGGUAGGUGUCUCCUCCCCUUGAAGCUGCUAUAUCUUCUUUAUUUAUUCAGGGUGUUUCAUGUUGGAAAGCCUUGGCUGAUCUGCUCUGGCUCUGGAUUUUGUUUUGAGCUUGGUUUAUUUCUCAAUAGCCAAGAAAGGAAGGGACUAGAUAUUUCUUUUUUACUCCUCCUCCGGGACAGGUACUCUCCCUCCCCUAGAAAGAAAAAUUUUAACACCAGGACAGGCUUCACGUGGAGAAAAGUCCUGCUUCUGCACGUGAGCACAAGCCCCGCAGUGUGGCAGCCCCGUUCUGAACUGUGCAGGCCGUUCAGGUGGGACUUGAGAUAGGUCAGUACCUGCCCGGCCACAGGCUCUCUGCUCCGCCCUUCUGCUUGCAGCUACUCCGAGCAGGGCUUCCCUUCGACAGGCUCUGCAUUUGCAACGCUCGCAUCCCCCCGGGGCCCCCAGCUUCGACUCUGGGGAGUCCCCGGAGAAGUCUCGGGCUGAGCAGACUGGUCUGCCCUCGGCCUGUGUUGUGAUGCCCGGGCCUGCAGGACGACUCUCAGACGCAGUUCACAAAGUGGUGUUGCUAAUGGUGUGGCAAUGGGACUGAAUUGUAAUAAAACGUUAUUUAAUCUUUGUCUCUGUAUUUUGAUACUUGAAUGACUUCCCCUUUUAUUUUACUGUGCAUAUAAUUGUUACUCUGUCCAAUUUUGUCUAAAUUACAGACAUCUUGUGGUACCAAACAUAACCGAUCUGUGCAACAACAUAGACUGACCUCACUACACGAGAGAGAGUGUAAAUAUUCCUGGGCUUUCGGCUUUGGUUUUGUUAUUUUCGUAACUGUACAACUUAGAACAGACUGAAUUAAUAAAUGAGAAGCGACAUGAAACCAA